AUGAGGGUACAUCCUCCAUCCUUCAUGUUAACCAUUAUGCUUCAACCCAUGCAGGAUGUUUCCACCCAUCACAGUGUACAGCAGAUGUGGUGGCAACAAAAGUGUACACUUGAAGAUAUGCUGUAUAGCUACUCUGUUGAUUGUUAUAGCCAGGUCCAUCUGGUUGCUGCUGAGUACCCACUACCAUAUAACACCACAGGACAGGGACAAAAACAAGUGGUCAAGUACUUUACAAUAGAUUUUCUCCCUGGACAAAUGCCAGACUGCAAUUGCUCCAGCCUCCAAAGAAUGCAAAAUAAACAGAAAGCAUUGUUGGAUUGCAAGCUCCAGGUUGCUAUCCCAGGUGGAUGGCAAGAGGAGAGGCAAAGCUUUUCUCUCAACACAAACCCAGACUCAACAACAUUCCCACUGUCCCAGAAAGAAUUGGACAAUCACUAUCCCCCUGUCAAUUGA